AUGUUACAGCUACACUUGUACUCGUAUAAUGCAGAACUUUGCUUUCAUUGUUCACUCUCCAGUAAUCUUAACGUGAUUAUUCUGGCUUGUCUACAGAAACUUCGUGGGCUGACUGAAGCUUUGUAUAUCCUGACCAAAGCCAACAACACCCGAUUCGAGUUCAUCUUCACGAACCUCGUCCCUGGCACCCCGCGACUCUUCACAUCUGUAAUGGGAGUGUACAAGGCAUACAACUCUUCGAAGAUGUAUCGGGAACUGAAGUUGCGAGGGGCCAUCAUCCAGAGCAAGCAGCUCAGAAUCUUACCUCAGGAGCAAAUCUUUUCCCGGGUGAACGGUGUGUGGAACCUGUCCAGUGACCAGGGCAACUUGGGAACAUUUGUCAUCACCAAUGUGCGUUUGGUGUGGUUUGCCAACAUGAAUGAGUUAUUCAAUAUAUCUCUGCCAUAUCUACAAAUUGCAUCUGUCAAAGUUCGUGAGUCUAAAUUUGGGAUGGCACUGGUUGUGGAAAGCUCUGAGGCAAGUGGAGGCUAUGUGCUUGGGUUCAGAAUUGACCCCGUGGAAAAGCUCCAUGAGGUGCAUAAAGAGAUUUCAGCUUUGUACACUGUGUACUCUCAAUGUCCUGUGUUUGGUGUGGAGUUCAUUCUUCAGGACAAGCCACAUACGGAUGAAGACCGUUUGGAUUUGCCCGAGAUGGAUGAGGAAGAAAUUGAUGAAAGUGUAAGUGAUGCAGGUGAUGUGUUAGCAACCUACCUUGCUGAUGGCCACCAUCAUGACCUUGAACCCGUGUACAGUGCUGAGCUGGGACUAGCUGUGGAAAAGCUUAAGGAUGGCUACACACUGCAGACACUCUGGGAAGUCAUCCCAAGUUGA